CUGGAAUAACAUGGUCUUUUUGGUAACUGUGUCAUCUAGAAUAGCUUUUGAUCGCUCGUAAAUUUCCAGAUAACAUAGCCGGAGGCAAUGAGAACCUGUGAGUUUGAUUCGUCUGAUGAAGAGGAGGUUGGGGAUGAGCAGCAGACUCCUCUACAGGUCUCUUGGUUGCCCCUAUCGGUUGUGGAGUGCUCCCAAGUUCUUGGAAUAUGUCCUCUGCCAGGAUGCAAAUUCAAAGAUGUCAGAAGAAACCUACAGAAGGACAUCGGAGAGUUGCAGGACCAGGGUGUGCAGGAUGUGUUUGUGUUCUGUACGCGGGGAGAGCUCCACAAGUACCGCGUCCCCUGCCUGCUGGAUGCAUACCAGCAGCAGGGAUUCAGGGUGCACCACCUGCCUUUCCCAGAUGGUGGCAUCCCUGAGCUGGCACAGUGCUGCCAAAUCCUGGAAGAGCUGCAGCACUGUCUGGAAAACAACAGGAAGACUGUCAUUCAUUGCUAUGGAGGCCUGGGCCGCUCUGGAUUAAUGGCUGCAUGUCUUCUGCUGAAGCUCUCCGUCACCAUGACACCUGACAAAGCCAUUGACAUUCUGCAGCAGCUGAGAGGGGGUGGGGCAAUACAGACAGUCAAGCAAUACAACUUUCUGCACGAGUUCCGGGAGAGAUAUGCUGCCUAUCAGGAGGUCAGAGAGGCAUCAACAGAGCGAUCUUUGUCUCGAUAAAUUUCCUUAAUUGUGGAGUUUUACAUCUGUUGGCUGUUGUGGAUUUCAUAAUGAUCUGUUUUGCAAAAACAGCAGGAUGUUCAAGGGGUGUGAUGGUUUAAUUUAUCACUGGCUUAGC